AUGGACGACUUGACAGAUUUGCUCAACAUAAAGACCAACUACGAGCUUUGGAUGAGCGAGGACGCCAUCCUGUCCAAUAUCGAAACUCAGUUGUGCAAUGUGGCUUUGUUAAUAUGCAACAACUCACCCAUUCAGAUGCUAUGGCAUCUGAACGGGCUGCUUCAGCAUGGGGCAACCAGGGAAGAAGCCCAGUUUGCCCAAGAUCUCGCUCUAGCAGUUGCACGGCAGUUCAAUGCCAAAACCGGUGAUAUCACAAAGAUCGAGGACCUGAAAGGGUAA